CCGGCAGAUCUACACUCGGGCUGUCGGUUUGCCUGGCUCCGCGCUGCGGCUCGCUAGGCCUCUGUGGAGCUGCCCGGCGGCGGGGCCCCGGCCCACCGCGGCGGGCUGUGGGGAGAGCCACCGCGGACGCGGGCCUUCCGGGGCGAACCGUACCAAUCUUUGCCUUGGAAGACCAUCUUACCCUGUUCUAGUAAUGGCAGCUGAAGUGCAAAUGGUACUUUAUGAAGAUGAUUCUGUGCAAGUACAGUAUGAUGAUGGUUCCACAUUGCAACUUUCUCCCUGUGGCUCUGAGUUUUUAUUUGAAAAGUCACCUCCUGUUUCAGCACAUCCUUUAGAACAGCCAGAAAGAAUUCGUCAACGGACACACUUUGUUAUUAGCACUUACAGAGAGCAACUACAGCGAGCCCUGGAUUUUCGGAACUCUUCAGCAACUUGCCCUUUUUUAUCUGAAAGCAUAGUACCUUCUGAAAGAAAAAAGCGUAUCUUCAUUGACAUCUCAGAAGUAAAAUGGCCCAGUCUUAAUACACAUGGUAACAUGACAUGUUUGGAGAGCGGCACUGUGAAAAUUACAUCUUUAGAUGGUCAUGCAUUCCUUUGCUUACCCAAAACUCAGCAUGAAUUUACAGUACAUUUUUUGUGCAAAGUUAGCCAGAAGCCAGACUUAUCUGUAGUACUGUCAGAAGAAAAUAAUCAAACCCCCAAAGAUAAACUAGUUGAAAAAGCCAGCAAAUUCUGUGCAUAUGGAAGUUUGUCACAACAAAGACUGAAGAAUAAAGAAAAUGAACUUUGUGGGCAGGUCUUAAAAACCAAAGAACCUUUAGCAAAAACAAGUUGUGUAAGUGGAACUGAAGGGGAGGAGUUGCCCUUGCAGAGAAAACACACAUGUAUAUAUACAUGGGUAAGACAGCACUGGUCUGUAUCCUCCUGUCCAGAAGAAUGGAGAUACCCUUUGUCUUUAGCAUUUCAUUUUCAUAAUAAAGUUAGCAGUAUGUCUAAAAUGGAUGCUGAUGUCACUGCAAGUAGAAUUUUAACUUGUGAUGUUUCAGAAGAAAGAAGAAAAGAAGUUUCUGUUCUUCCCAGGGCCCUGCUUCUUAGUUGCCCAUCUCCAUACUUACACAGGUGGAACUUUUGUGGUUCACUUAUACAAAGACAGACUGAUGAAGAAUAUUCCUAUCCUGAACUAGUGAAAGUAGUUUGGCAUAAGGGUAUCACAUAUAGGCUUACUCAUGAAAAUGUGAACUCAGUAGAGAUUUUUCCUGGAGAUGGAUCUGUUUUCAAAUCAGAAGGAGCUUAUUAUGGAAAAUAUUUUACAUAUUAUUCUGGUGAAGAAGGAUCAGAAGAGAGAGAAGAGAAAACUUAUUCUGUAAAUAACCUUCCUCCAGAUAGACCAGGAAGUCUAUUCUCUGUAUGCUCUCUUAUUAAGCAGGCAACCAGAAUUCUUCAACAUUGUGCCAAAGUAAGGCUCUCUCUAAGCCAUAACUAUCGUGUAUGCUGCUGGAAAAUGGUACCUGGGAUAAUUAAUACCAAUACACUGCCGGUGCUUUUAAAUGAAUCAUUCAUACCCAGCAUGGGAAGAUUUCUUGCCUACUCUGAUAACAAAGUACAUGCUAUCUUUUUAGAUGGUAUUACUCUAACCCUAAAUUGGAAUUUUAGCUCUUCUGUUGAAAAAAGACAUGCACAUCAAGGUCUCAACUUAGGUUGGUGUAGGUUAACUUUUCCUGAUGGACAAAAUCAGUUAAUUCCAAUUGAACAUCCUGGAGCAUAUGAAAGAUAUGUGACAGCAGUGAUAUCUUGGUGCAGAAGACUGACUCAGACUAGUCCAAGACAGGAGCUUACACAUCAACCAUCUGUUCGAGAAGAAAAUUGGUCUGUUGCUUCUGAACUUGAAAAGAUACAAAAGUUUAACCUGCUGCUAGAGAAUAGUGGCAUCCUGAAUCAGAUUUCUAAUAAAAAAAAUGAACAGUGUUUUGAUCAUUACAAGUCAAGAUCUUCGGAAACAUUGCUGGAAGAAGUUAAUGAAAGGAGGGUAUCAAUAGCAUUGAAAAAAACUUCUGAAAUCCUUCAGGAUAUUGACUGUCUUCUAUCAAAUUCUAAAAGGUAAAAAAAAAAAAAGGAAUUAUUACAAUGUGUUUAGAUCUUAAGGACAUUGUUGUAAAAUUACUAGUUAGCCAAGAAAUUACAUAUAGCACUAAUACUGAUUGACACCUGUAGUGUUUUUUUAACCAAACAUGUAAAUUAUGUAUAGACAUUUAUACAUUUAUUAAUAAAGAAUAUUUUGAAAUUUUUUUUUAAUUUAA